GUUCAAAUUUGUUUCCGGAUUCUUUGUUUUUUUUGUCUUUUCCUGUCGGUGUGCUAAACAUGGAUAAGUCUCACACAAGUGUGGCACGGACUCCUGAUGCUGGUGUUGUGGUGCAAAGACGGAGCAAAAGCAGGAGCUACCGGCAGUCGUACCGCAGCUGCUUAGGAGCUGCUUCAAAGCUCGGCCUAACUCCACGGUUGACGGCUCGGAGGCUCAACACUAGCAGAAAAGCCCUAAAGUCACAAAAUAUAAGGGAAAAGGUGAGUCCAGAGCAUCUGGCUUUGCUGAUGAAAACUGAGUGGCAGCUGUCGUAUGUUACUCCUCUCCACCGGUUCAGUCACACGCAGCUGAAGAACUACGCAAGCCAACUUUCUGCAUUUAUUGCGGCAGAGAAGCAGCAAGGUUUGGCAAUGGAGGUGGGGGGACUGCAGAAAAGGUUCAAAGUUUCCUUCUCUGUGGUGCAGGGGUUGUCGGAGACAGACGAUGAUGCAGAGACCAUCUUCAUACAGAUCCAUUCAAAGCCUCUGUUUGCAAGGCAAGAUGACCCACAGAAGUCAGUUUGGAGCGGUUUGCUGACCUGCAUAAAUGGCAACCCGGAAUACUUGAAGUCACUUCCCAAAGACUUCACUUGUCUUCCGCUUUUUGGGAGCAGAGGAGCUGAAAGUUUCUCCUCUUUGGUGAAAUCCUGGCUCCAGAGGACCUUCGACUGCUGCUUCGGCCCCCUGGAAAUCAACCAAACCAGCCUGCAAUGGCUCGCGGCACUAUGGACCAACUGCCACACAGAAUCCAACAUCCAGAGCCUUAAAAUGCUUUGGAGCGUUCCAGUGGAGCCACCACUACAGAUAAACUACACCAUUAACCCCUAUGACGCGUGGGAGCUGUGGAGCAGCGUGAGGAAGGACUCAUCAGAGGAAGAUGGGGGGUCAGAGGAGGUGGGCUGCAUUGAGAUUGAGGAGGUGACGAUGUUCAUUCAAGGGCUGAAGAGCCACUUUUAUAGACACUUCAGGCUGGACUUGUCGGCAGGGGCCCUGAACCAGGUCUCCACGGCGCUGGGGUCUGCUAAAUCAAACGGAAGGAUCAAGAUCUCCAGCAGCAGGUAUGUGAUCACCACCCUGACACUCCUGACAGAAUGCGCCCUCCUCAAAAUGCCCAUCUGAGUGGAAACUCCAACUAACAAACUGUUUGCUGUAACCUUUUUAUGCCAUGGGAUACAAGACAUUAUGCUUUUAUUUUUUAUAUAUAUGUUUUGUUUUUUCCAGCUUUGUUUUUUUUUUUUUUUAAUAGCAAAGCAAUUAUUGGUCAAGACCAGGACUUUCUUUUUAGAAAUAAAACCUGCCUUUAAUUAGAACCAGAAGCAUGUGAGGGGGGUUCUCACACUUUCUUGUAAAUACCUAAAUAUAUUAGCAUUGUACGUAUUUGUUUAUCUUUUGUGAUU